AUGGCAUUUCCAACAUUAUUUCCUGAUGGGAAAGGUGAUCCUACCAAUCCAGCAAUAAAAAGAGACGUCCCAYUAAGUGGCAAAAUACAACAUCUCAUUAAGUUUGCUGAAUAUUUUGAUGAUAAGUGGGUCUACAGGUUUGCUAAUCAUCCUCGUUUUUCAUAUUGGGCUCUCAAYAUGAUACAGAGAUCUAGAACAUUGCAACAAAGUAAUAUCUUUCUAAAACAAAAUCCUGGUGAAUCACAUCUAACAAUCGAUGAAUUAAAUGAAAUGGCUAAAUCAAAUAGUUCUUCGGUGUUCAUGUCUAAAAUUUCAAGGUAUUUGGCUAAUAUCACAGGAAGCUCUGCAUAUUGGUACAAAGUCAKAGAAGAUUUAAAAGCUAUCAUUUCUUACAAAGAGGCACCCACAAUUUUUUUUACGUUUUCAUCAGCAGAUAUGCAUUGGCCAGAUCUACAUUCACUUUUUCAUGAUGAUCCUUCAUCUCUUAGUAGUGAAGAUAGGAGGCAAAAUGUGAUAAACAAUCCUCAUUUAGUAGACUGGUAUUUUACCAAGYGUUUUGAAUCAUUUUUAAAACAUUGGCUUUAUGACACGUUAGGAGCAGAGUGGCAUUGGUAUAGAUMUGAAUUUCAAGCUAGAGGUAGUAUACACUGUCAUGGCACAGCAAAAUUAAAAACUGACCCAGRUCUUUGUGACUUAACUGAUGUAGCUUUAAAAGGUUUUUUASCUGAACAAAUUGUUUCUUCUGAUGAAGAAGAUAGGCAACUUAUUAUUCAAAAUGGUAAAAAAGCAGCUCAAAAAAUUUGCKCAUAUGUAGAUUUKCUACUUUCUACAUCCAACCCUUCUCCACCAGACACAAAUUGGAUAAAACCAAAUGUUCAUCCUUGUAAAAGAAAACAUGAUGACAUACCUAUUGAUGAACGUGCAAGUGAUUAUGCAAAUUUGCUGAAUACUGUUCAAAGACAUACCAAUUGUAGUCCGAACUACUGUUUAAAAAGGAGYGAUAUGCAAGAUGAAGCUAGUUGCAGAUUUCAUUUUCCUUUCAAAUGUUGUGAUGAAACUAAACUUGAAUUUGAAAAGAUUAAUACUAAAGACAAAACUCUUCAGUUUAAAGCAAAAAUAGUAACAAAAAGGAAUGAUCCGAGAUUAAAUAACCAUAAUCCGACACAACUCAUGGGUUGRAGAGCAAAUUGUGAUUUACAAAUUAUUAUUGAUCAUCAUGCAUGUAUUGAAUAUCUUUCAAAGUAUGCUGCUAAGGGGGAACCAAGAUCUCCAGUGCUGAGAGAUACUUUUAAUGCAGUUAUGAAAAAU